AUAGACGAUUUGUCAACAAUGAGCACCCGUUAAUCGUACUUCAGACGACGUGUGUGUUGAACAAUGGAAGCAGAAAUAAAAAUUAAGAGUGGGGCGACAAAAUGGGACAUCCGCCAUAAAGUGUGGGAUUACAUCGAAAACAAAAAUCUGGCCAAUUUUCCCAGACCAGUUCACAACAGAAUCCCGAACUUCAAGGGAGCUGCGCAAGCUUGCAACAGGCUUAUUGACCUGCAGGAAUUCAAAUCCAGCAAGGUUGUUAAAGUAAACCCUGACAGACCACAGGAGAAGGCUCGCUAUAACACUCUGGAUGCCAGAAAAACACUACUGGUACCAACACCUCGUCUGCGGACUGGCCUCUUCAAUAAGAUUGUCCCUCCGCCAGGGGCUAGCAAAGAAGACCUUCAUGUGUGCUCCACUUCUCAGGGUGUGAAGGAGUUCAGCGUCCCUAUUGGUUUGGAUGCUAAAGUUCAGGUGGAUUUAGUGGUAGUUGGAUCUGUAGCAGUGUCUGAAAAGGGUUACAGGAUUGGAAAAGGAGAGGGUUUUGCAGAUAUGGAAUAUGCCAUGAUGGCCUCUAUGGGAGCUGUGAAUGAAUCAACCACAGUUGUCACUAUUGUUCAUGACUGUCAGGUUGUGGACAUUCCUGAAGAACUAAUUGAAAGCCAUGACCUCACUGUGGACUAUAUCCUCACUCCAACCAGAGUCCUCAAAACAGAGUGUAAACAUCCAAAGCCACAGGGCAUAAUCUGGACAAAGUUAGACUCAGACAUGUUGGAGAAAAUCCCCAUCCUGAAGAAACUGCGAGCCCUGGAGCAGAAGGCUGGAAAGGAUGUCACGUUAAAAAAGACAUCUGUUGGAGGGGAGGAGAAUGAGGGAUUAAAACAGGACCCCAAACCUAAUCCCAAACGCAAUGUUAACAGGAACUCAGAUCGAGCCCCAGAACAGAGCAGGGAGGAGGAUGGGCCGGACAGAGCGCCGCAGCAGGGUCCCGUCACCACGGUAUAUCUGGGGGACAUCCCUGCUGGGCUGCGUGUGAGUGAGCUGAAGAGUAAACUCAGGGAGAAGGAAGCUCUUCCCCUCAGGCUCACCUGGCAGGGUGCACAACACAGAGCCUUCCUGGAGUACCGCGACGGACCGGCGACGGAGCACGCCCUGGCAGUCCUGCGGGGCCUGUCCAUCAAUGACCACGUCCUGCACCCUGUGCUGGCCAAGAGCCAAAGGGCUGGCCCCAAACCCAACCAAACAAAGCGGGGGUCUAGAACCACAGGUACAAUGGUUACAGCACAAGCAAAAGUGUCAAACACCACGAACUUCAGUGGGAACGCUACCACAGGGUGAAAUAUAGAGACACACGUCAUUGGAGGUCUUUCUAAUUGUCUCAGCUAUACGUUAAUGAAAGAUAGCAGCAUAUGAAAAGGGCACCUCACACGUUGGAGUGUUUA